AUGAAAUCAUUAAUUUUAAUUUCUUUUUUCAUCUUUAUAUUUAUUCAUUAUAAUUAUGUUAUUGCAAAUGGUGAAAAUAAAAACUUAAAUAUAAAACCGACUUGUUCUAAACCAUCUGAUAAUAAUAGUAAUAAUGAUGGCAGUAACAAUAAGGAUAAUAAAAAAAAGGAAAUAGAGAAUUCUGGUGAUUCAUCGCAACAAUCUAAUGAUCAAGGAAAUAAUGAUAAAAUAAAUGAUAAUACGGAGAAUUUGCAAAAGGAUGAAAAUAGAGAAGACGGCGAUGAUGACAUAUCUUCAAGUACUAAUUCUUCAAAUAACGAAGUAACAGAAGAAGAUAAUGAUAAUUAUUUGAAUGAUGAAGAAAAUCAAGAUAGUGAUAGUGGUAAUUCAGAUAAUACAACUCAAGAUAAUGUUUUAGGUUUGAAUGGAUUGUUUCCUGGAAACUUAGGUGGAAGUAACCUUCAGAAGAUACUGAAUGAUGAAACCUUUCAAUCUUUUUUAAAUUCUAUGGGAAAUAAUCAAGGUAAUAAUUCAAAUAAAGAAAAUAACAUAUUUGGUGAUAUAUUUAAAGAUAUGUUUAAUGUAAUCAAUAACAAUAAAUUAAAUUUACAAGGAAAAGGAAAUAUGGGGAAUAUGGAUGCAUUUAAAAAUGAAAAUGGCAACAAAACUGAUGAUAAUGAUGAUGAUGAUGAUGAUGAUGAUGAUGAUAGUGAUGAUAGUGAUGAUACUGAUAAUGCUGAUGAUACUGAUAAAAAAAAUGAUGAAACAGAUUCAUUAAACAAGUUGAAUAAUCUCGAAAAAUUAAAUGCACUAAAAGAUAAAUUAGAAAGUACUUUAAAAAAUGUUGGUGUUGAUGUUGACAAACUAAAAGAAAAUAUUCAAAGAAAUAAGAUGUUUUAUAAUAAUAAUUACAUGAAUGAUGAUUUACUUAAAAAAUUUUCUUUAAAUUUACCAUCAAAUACGUCAAAUUUCGAUGCUUUAAAAAACACAAUUGAUAAUAAUAUGCAAAAAGAAAUGAAUAAAAAAAGCAAUGAUUCACAUAUAAUUAAUUCAAAUAAAAAGGGAAUUUCUUUUGAAAAUAAACUAAGCACAUUUGAUGAUGAUACUUUAGAUAAAUAUACAGAAAUACCAUUAGAUAAAGAAGAAGAUAAUAUAGAUGAGUUAUCUAAUAAAUAUGAAGGAGAAAGCUACAUAGAUGAAGAAGAAAACUCAUCAAAUGAGCAUAGUAAUUAUAAUGAGAACAAUUCAAAUGACAAUGCAAAGAGCUUGAAUGAAAGCGAAUUUACAAGCGAAGAAAAAUUAAUAUCAUCUUCAUCAUUAAAUAAUAAUAAUUUUUUUGUAAAUAACAAUCGACAUCAAUCAGAUAAGUUUAGCACGGAAAAUGAUAAUGAAAACUUUGAUUUGGAUUUUGAAGGAAACGAUAAUUCAAAUUUAAAUGAAGGCAAUAAUGAUAAUUCAGCUAAAGAAGAGGAUGAUGAUAUUAUUUCAUAUGAUAUAGAAGAGUUAAAAAAUGAAUUAAAGGAAUAUACAGACCUUGAUAUUGAAAAUAUAAGUAAAGCCAUGAACAAAUAUAACACUGCAAAUAAAGAACUAAAAGGGGGAAACAAAAAACAGGAUAAUAAUAAAGAUGAAAAUGAUGAAAUAGAUAUUGAAAUCCUUAAAAAGUUAAUUGAAGAAGGUAAAUUAACUUAUGAAGAUUUAACAGAAGAUUUAUUAAUGAAAUUAAUUUUACCUGAUCAAAGUUUUUUUGAACUUUCUCCUUAUCCAAGUGAUGAAAAAGAUUUAUCAGUUAAUGAAACGUCUGGUUUAAUGAAUGAGCAACUCAAAAACUUUUUAAAAUCAUAUGGUACCUAUCAUAUUAGCUAUGAUCCCAAAUCAAUUGAUGUUAAGAAACAAAAAAAAAUGGAAAACAAAGAAGAAGAUAAUGACAAUGAUGAUGAUUAUUAUGAUUCCUAUAAACAAAUAGAACAGUCUUAUGACGGAUUCCCAGCAAACUACAACCAUCAUGUACCUCAAUUAGUCGGUAAUCAGUAUGUCUACACUUCUUUCUAUGAUAAAAAAGAAGAUUUAAUAAAAUAUUUGAAAGAAAAUAAAAUAGUUUUAGGAAAAUCUAAAAAUAAAUCAAAGAAAUAUAGUGCAAAUACAGAUUAUUAUAAAAAAAAAAAAAUAUUGGCAUUAAUCCGAGAUUAUAUAGAUGAAAAUAAUGAAAAAAAAGCUGUUGAAUUUAAAAAUAUAAAAAGUAGCAAAUUUAUUAAUCAAAAAUUAAAAAAAAAUAGUGAAGAUAACAAAUUAACUAUAUUAUCUAAAGAUGAGCUUGAUGAAAUGGUGCGUAAAGGAAAUUUUAGCAAUAAAAAAAAAUCUAACGAAUUAAAAAAUACUCCUAAUUUUAUUCCCAAUAAAAAAAAAAAUAAAUCUUCUGUAGAAUUAACAAAAAGUAAUAAUAAAAAUAAUAUGAGUGAAGGUAAUAUUAGCUCACAAAAUGGUAUUAUUAAGAAUGGCUAUGUUACAUAUGAUGGGAAGAAUAUUAUUUCAAAUGGAAAAUAUUUAAGAAGAAUAGAAAAUGAUAAUGAAAAAGAUUCAACAAAUAAAUGUAAUAAAGGAAAUUGUACUUUAAAAACAGUAAAUGAAGAUUCACAAGAUGAUGAACAUCUACAAAACGUAAAUAUUGAUAAGGAUAAAAGCAAUAUCCGUGUUAAGUAUCCAUUUUCAUCUAAUAAAGAAAUACUUUAUGAUGAUUUAAUAGAUAAUUAUUUCUUUAAAAUGUUAAUUGAAGUUCCUAAUUUAAAAAUUCUGAGAGAGAAAAUUCUUAAAUUACCGUAUAGUGAAAAAGCUAAAAAAUUACUUUUAAAGAGAUAUUAUCAAUAUGUAAAGGAACUUAAAGAUAGAAUAUAA